CAUCUUUUUGUCAAUUCUCAUUUAAAAUCAAGAUUCCAUCUUUUUCUCCUCUUUUAUAUAUUUGAGUUAUUUUAGUCCAUAUGUUUAAGGUUCUGCUUAAUACGCUUAAGUAGGAAAUGUCUACUCCAUCUAGCAUCAUGUGCCCUUUUAGCACUUUCUUGAUUUGGAAUGAUUAUAGUUGAUGUUGAGGUACCAUGUAAUAGGUCCUUGGACUUAUAGCAGGAGCUCUAAUGCAUCAGAAUACCAUUUUUUUUCUUAGUUUCAUGAAUGUGAACAUGUAUGAUCAGCUUGUUAGGAUUUAUGAUAACACAAUUCUGGUGUAAAGUUAUUUUUUUGAAAAGCUUAUUGUUAGCUAUCCAUGAAAUUGUUACUAGUUGAUCAUAAACUUAUUCAAAUUUGUUUUCCCUUUUUAAAAUAGUCUAUUAACUCAUCUGAGAAUCAGCUAUCGGUAAUGUAUGAAAUGCAGUUCUUUUUCUUUGGUUAUGAAAUUUAGCUGAACACUGUGAAGAUGUCUAUUCAGUUUCCGUUUUGUUUUCUUUUCUGAUGCUUAGUUGGGAUAACUUCAUACUCAAUAUGGUUGCUGCUGUAUAUCACCAAGCAAUUUGCUUCACUGCGAACGAGGGUGUUAGGGACUUCCUGAUCACAUCUUCAUCUGGGAGUCUUAAAAUGAAACCAUUGUUAAGAAAAGAGAGAUGCAGUUUGAGGCAGUAUGUGAACUGUGUGAAGUAUUCAUCAAAGUCAUCUUUAUGUGCCAUUAAGCCAAUUUUCUCCUCAUUGUCAAGUACCAAUGAUUCGCGGAGAACAGUUCGUGAGUACACUCCUUCCCAGUAAUUCUUGUUAUCAUCUAUCAAAAACUGAAUCAUACUUGAUCUUAAUACGGCAUGGAGAAUCGAUGUGGAACGAAAAGAACCUGUUCACUGGUUGUGUAGAUGUGCCACUCACCAGUAAAGGAGUAGAAGAAGCAAUUGAAGCUGGUAAGAGAAUUAGACACUUACCUAUUGAUGUUGUCUACAUCUCUGCAUUGAUUCGUUCUCAGAUGACGGCCAUGCUCGCCCUAACAGAGCACCACUGCAAGAAGGUGCCCAUUAUUGUCCACGAUGAGACUGAACAAGCCAAAGUAUGGAGUCAAAUUUAUAGUGAAGGCACCGAGAUGCAGUCUGUUCCUGUUAUUAAAGCAUGGCAACUGAAUGAAAGAAUGUACGGGGAACUUCAAGGGUUUAAUAAGCUAGAAACAGCUGAAAGAUGCGGACAAGAGCAAGUCUAUAAAUGGCGCCGAAGCUAUGAUGCUCGGCCACCCAACGGCGAGAGCUUGGAAAUGUGCUUGCGAAGAGCUGUUACCUAUUUCAAAGAGCAAAUUGAACCCCAACUUUCCAGUGGAAAGAAUGUAAUGGUAGUAGCUCAUGCAAAUUCAUUGAGGUCCAUCCUAAUGUAUCUCGAUAAAUUGACUGCAGAGGAGGUCAUCCACUUAGAACUCUCAACCGGAGUACCAAUGCUUUACAUAUAUAGAGAAAAUCAAUUCAUCAGGAGAGGAAGUCCCUUGGCAUCUAUGGAGAAUGGAGUUUAUGCUUAUACAGAGAAUUUGGCCAUAUACAAGCAAAAUCUGUUAGAUGAAGUGCUAGAUGAAGUGUCUUUAUAACUUGCUCCGUAAAAGUAAAAACUAUCAUGCAAAGCUUAAAUAUCUUCAUUUCACUGGAAGUUCAUUGAGGUAUUUUGGGUCAUUAAUAAUCAUGAGAAACACCAGAGUGAAGAUCAAAGAGUUUUUAUUGCUACACGCUGCAACAGUCAACAUAUGGUGUUUCUAAACUCAAAUUGAGUCCCUUGUUAUGGUUCAAGUGAAUGCACCAGUGGAAAUCUGGCAACACAAUAUCUUGUGGAACAGGGGAUAUCAGAUCAAAUGCUGAUUCUACUUGGCUGUCUCCUGUUAUCAUCAUUCGAGGAACUAUAUCACUUCAUUUUAUAUUGUCCUCAAGCCAGGGCUUCUUACAUUCACAUUAGAUAUUUGUUUUCUUUGGCGGGUUUAAGUUACAGAUUAGGUUGAGAGUGCACAAAAAAUGUUUGUUGGCAACGACAACUUUAAAAAUUUCCUUUUCUUGGUCCUGGAAGAUCAUUUCCAUAUGCUUAUUAAUGAUCUCCUUGUUUCUGUUUUUUCAUGAAUGUUGAUUUGGUUGUCUUUUUGAUCUGCUUCUAUAUCUUCUGUACAAUCCAAAUCCUCUAUCAUAACAGCGGUACUUGGAGGCAGAUGUAUGUAAAAAGUUAGUACUGCACUUUCAAUCUCGUUGUCCGUUCAUAUUGUUAUGCUCCUUAGUUCUUGUU